GGGCGUUGCCUGUUUGCCCGUCCCCUUUCUCUCUUCUUUCCUUCAUUCAUCACUCCCUUUCAGCUCCUCCAUAUAUUGCUCUCCCCUCUCAUUUUAAUUUCCUCAGCAAGUCUCUCCAAACCUAACCAAAUUCACCAGCCAAAAAACUCUCUGUUCUAAACCAAAAGCUUUUACUUUGUCAUUCUUUUUUCCCUCGUUUUCAUCGCCUUCUCUCCAGUUUUGUCGCCGGUUGAAUCAUCAGAGUUAAUCUCAUCAACUGGGUAAUUAACGCUUGCCCAGUUGAGCAAAAUUCACAUAGAGUUCAAAUUUUCCACUUUCAGUUUGAAUUCUUGAUUACAUAGAAAAAAUGGAGUCUACAUCAGAGAAACUUUCUCCUUUUGAUUUUAUGGCGGCGAUCUUUAAAGGUGGAAAGAUAUUCGAUCAACUGAACUCAUCAUCAGAUUCUGGCGACUCAAGUUCUCCUGCUUCGUUGGCAGCUCUGCUGAUGGAGAACAAAGAUUUGAUGAUGAUAUUGACAACCUCGGUUGCUGUCUUGAUCGGAUGUGCAGUUGUCUUGAUGUGGCGGCGCUCCUCAACUUCUGCUAAGAAGGUGGUAGAGCCGCCCAAGUUGGUGGUUCCUAAGUCGGUUAUUGAACCUGAAGAAAUUGAUGAUGGCAAGAAGAAAGUUACCAUCUUUUUUGGUACCCAGACUGGUACUGCUGAAGGCUUUGCUAAGGCACUUGCCGAGGAAGCCAAGGCCAGAUAUGAUAAGGCUACCUUUAAAGUGAUUGAUAUGGAUGAUUAUGCGGCUGAUGAUGAUGACUAUGAAGAGAAAUUGAAGAAAGAAACAUUGGCAUUCUUUUUCUUGGCCACAUAUGGAGAUGGUGAGCCAACUGAUAAUGCUGCCAGAUUCUAUAAAUGGUUUGUAGAGGGAAAAGAGAGGGGUGACUACUUUAAAAAUCUUCAGUAUGGAGUAUUUGGCCUUGGUAACAGACAAUACGAGCAUUUCAACAAGAUUGCAAAAGUGGUGGAUGACCUUCUUGCUGAGCAAGGUGGCCAGAGGCUUGUUCCUGUGGGUCUUGGAGAUGAUGACCAAUGCAUUGAAGAUGAUUUUGCUGCAUGGCGUGAAUUAGUGUGGCCUGAAUUGGAUAAGUUUCUUCUGGAUGGGGAUGAUGCAACUGCUGCAACUCCAUAUACCGCUGCAGUUUUGGAAUAUAGGGUUGUUAUCCAUGAAAAGCCUGACAACGACUUGAGUAACACAAAUGGUCAUGCAAAUGGACAUGCGGUCAUUGAUGCUCAACAUCCCUGCAUAGCUAAUGUUGCUGUGAAGAAGGAGCUUCAUACUCCUGCUUCUGAUCGUUCUUGCACUCAUCUAGAGUUUGACAUUUCUGGAACUGGAGUUGUUUAUGAAACUGGUGAUCAUGUCGGUGUGUACUGUGAAAAUUUGAUUGAGACCGUAGAGGAAGCUGAAAGGUUACUAAACAUAUCACCCGACACUUUCUUUUCCAUUCACACUGAUAAAGAAGAUGGCACACCACUGGGCGGAAGCUCAUUGACGUCUCCCUUCCCUCCUUGCACUUUAAGAACAGCAUUGACUCGGUAUGCUGAUCUUUUGAGUUCUCCUAAAAAGUCUGCUUUACUUGCUUUAGCGGCAUGUGCUUCUGAUCCAAAUGAAGCUGAUCGAUUGAGAAAUCUUGCAUCACCGGCUGGAAAGGAAGAAUAUGCUCAGUGGAUAGUUGCAAGUCAGAGAAGCCUUCUUGAAGUCAUGGCUGAAUUUCCUUCAGCCAAGCCUUCACUUGGGGUUUUCUUUGCUUCUGUUGCUCCUCGCCUACAACCGAGAUUCUACUCUAUCUCAUCAUCUCCUAGGAUGGCGCCAUCUAGAAUUCAUGUUACUUGUGCACUGGUUUAUGACAAAAUGCCAUCUGGACGAGUUCAUAAGGGUGUCUGCUCAACAUGGAUGAAGAAUGCUGUUCCUCUAGAAGAAAGCCUCUCCUGCAGUACAGCACCUAUUUUUGUUCGGCAAUCAAACUUCAAACUGCCAGCUGAUAACAAGGUUCCAAUCAUAAUGAUCGGCCCUGGUACUGGGUUGGCACCAUUCAGAGGUUUCCUCCAGGAAAGAUUAGCUUUUAAGAAAGAAGGAGCUGAGCUUGGUCCUGCAGUGUUAUUUUUUGGAUGCAGGAACCGCCAAAUGGACUACAUCUAUCAAGAAGAGUUGGACAAUUUCCUUGAGGCCGGUGCACUUUCUGAGCUGGUAGUUGCUUUCUCACGUGAAGGACCUAACAAAGAAUACGUGCAACAUAAAAUGUCAGAGAAGGCUGCAGAUAUCUGGAACAUGAUUUCUCAGGGAGGAUACGUAUAUGUCUGCGGUGAUGCAAAAGGCAUGGCUAGGGACGUUCAUCGGACUCUUCACACUAUUGCCCAGGAUCAGGGGUCACUUGACAGCUCCAAGGCUGAGGGCUUGGUGAAGAACUUGCAAAUGACUGGAAGAUAUCUGCGUGAUGUGUGGUGAUCAUCUCUAUAUUAUAUUAUUCGUGCCAAUUGUGAUUAGAGAAAUAUAUAGAAAGGCUACGUGCAAAGAACAAUCAGCCUUUCAACAGGGAAAAGAAGUGUACGAACUGUCGUCACAGGUUUUACGAUUGUAUGAUUCUUUUUUAACUUUUGGAUGAAGAAUUUUUUGGUUCAUGUAAUUUAUAUACAAGAAUAUAAGGCAAAUAAUUACGUUAGUAUUAAGUUUAGGCAAUGUAUAUGGAGAGCUUGUAAUCUCCCUAUUGAACCAGCAAAAUGGUUCAGACAACAUUGUUAUAUGCUGUUGAUUAAUACUUUGGUUUAAGACCAUCUCGUUUUAUACAAGGUUCAACUCUUAGUCA